UACCACUACUACUACUCGCCAUUCCCUUUAACAGAAACAAAUUCCCAUUUUCCCUUUCCCUUUCCCUUUCCCUUUCCCUUUCUUCUUCACAUUUCCCACAUAAACAAAUCUCAACGAUCAAAUGGGCAACUGUAAUUGUUUAUUCAUCGACGAAAAACCCAUCAGAAUCAUGAAACCCGACGGCAAAAUCCUCGAAUACAAAUCCCCCACCAGAGUCUUCCAAGUCCUCUCCGAUUUCUCCGGCCACGAAAUCUCCGACGCCGUUCCGGUCACCCACCAUCUCCACCGAACCGCCAAACUCCUCUCCGGCCACCUCUAUUUUCUGAUCCCCAAGCAAACGGAAGAGAAGAAGGCGAAAAAGGCGGUCCGGUUCGCGGAGCCGGAAAAGGAAAGCGGCGGCGGAGUGGUUAGAAUAAAGGUGGUUAUGACGAAGAAGGAGCUGGAGGAGAUGGUUGAAAGAGGGGGGAUUUCGGCGGAGGAAAUGAUUAGUAAGAUAAAAAGUGGAAGUGGGGAAAUUAGUUGCAGAGAUUUGGAGGAAGAAGAUGAGGAAUCGGAGUUGCAGAGAUGGAAGCCUGUUCUUCAAAGUAUACCGGAAAGUGAAGUUGCUUGCUAGUGUUUACCCAACUUUUUCUUUUUUUUUCUCUUUAAUUUUAGUUUAAGGAAUAGAUACAGAGUAAAAGUGUAUUAACAAAAUUUAAAGAUUAUGAGAAAAUUAAGGAUAAAGUCUUCGUCACAUUAAUUUA